AUGUCGAUGCUGCUGUGUCCCAACAUGAAUGCCACUGUAGAUGCAGCUGACGACAGCUUACUCUUCGCUACCAUGAUUCAGCGAUGGCCCGUAGCUGCAAUCGCCCUGUUCACUUGCACUGUUGCUUUCCUCUGGCAUGCUGUGUUCAAGAGCGACCCCUGGGUAACAUUUCCCUUAGUUGGAGCAGAAUAUGGAGGGCAAGAGAGCCGAAGGAAGACGUUCAUGAACGGGGAAGCCUGGAACCUGUACUUGAGUGGAUAUCAAAAAGUUAUUUCACGGUGA